AUGUCAUUGAAGGAAAGGUCCACAGUUUGUUCACCUAUUAGAACUCUUUCUGAUCUUUUCAAUCUAUCAUCAUCAUGUCUGACAAGUCGGUUGAAAUGUUCUCAGCUUGUUUCACGUUAUACAUCACCAAGACAGAAGAUUUUACUCUGUCAUGACAUGAAAGGUGGAUAUUUAGAAGAUAAACAUACGCAAGGUUGUCAAACUGAUGAAUCUUGUUAUCGAUUUUUUCGUUGGCAUCUCAUUGAUAUGUUUGUUUAUUUCGCGCAUGAACUCGUGACUAUACCACCUGUGGUUUGGAUCGAUUGUGCGCAUAAAAAUGGUGUUCAAAUCCUUGGAACAUUUAUAACGGAAUUUGAUAAAGGAAAAGAAAUAUGUCGACAGUUAUUGUCAUCUGAUCACGUGGUUAACCAAGUGGUUGACGCGCUUGUUUUAUUAAUGAAAUGGUAUAGCUUUGAUGGAUAUUUGUUGAAUAUUGAAAAUCCGAUAGAGCCAGAACAUAUCGAACGUCUUCUUUCGUUUGUUUCCAAACUUAAACUAGCCUGUUCGGAAAUUGAUCGAAAUAGUAUCGUUCUUUGGUACGACAGUGUCACCAAAAAUGGUGAUUUGAAAUGGCAAAAUCAAUUAAAUGAAUUGAAUGAAUCAUUUUUCAAUGCUUGUGAUGGCAUCUUUUUAAACUAUACAUGGAAAUCAGAAAUGCUUCUUCAAUCCAAAAUCAAUGCUGGUCAACGUUACCGAGAUGUUUUCGUCGGAAUCGAUGUGUUCGGCCGGGGAUGUUUCGGAGGCGGUGGUUUUAAUACAAGCGAAGCGAUAUCUCUGAGUCACAAGAUGGAUUUAAGCACAGCUAUCUUUGCGCCAGGAUGGCUUUUUGAAACACUUGAUGCAAAGCAAUUCAUCGAAAACGAUCGAAAAUUUUGGACUUUAUUGGAGCCGUAUACAAAUCAAAGAACUUUACAUUUAAAAUCGUUAACAACAUAUUUUUCUGAUGGUUGCGGUGAAAAGUUCUUCUUGCAUGGCUUAGAAAUCGCUAAUAAUUCUUGGUACAAUCUUAGUUUGCAAUCGUAUCUUCCUAACAGUUCCAGUGAACAUAUUUGGUCUCUCAAAUACGAUGACGCUUACUUCGGUGGAUCAUAUCUCGAACUUCAUGGAGAUGCCAAAGGCUAUUUAAAUUUAUUCCGAUGUUGUCUUCCAAUGAAAUCACGUUGGGAGGCGAUCAUUGUUUUCAAAGGAAGCGAUGACGUGAUGCUUGAACUUGAAUGUGAUGAUGGAAAAUUGAUCCCAUUAGAUCAAAGUGAAGAAGAUCUUGUGAUUCGUGACUGGAAACGAAAAACAUAUCGAUUGACGGCUAAUGAACAACUAUCUAUAAUUAACGUCUCAAUUCGUGACGAAAAAAAUGCAAAUACAAUUGUGAAACUUGGUUAUUUAUCAAUCCAUCCGGUAGAAUCACCUAGUUUGGAAGUCUCAUCCGCAUCACCAUUGAUUAAAUCGAUUGAAUACAAUUCCAACGUAUCGAUAACGGUGAACUUUGUCGAUUUUCUUCAAGAACAUCCUUCGUCAAUGAUAUUCGUUUUCGUUCGUGAUCAAUUCGAACGCUACACGUUCCUCGGGGCGACGCAUCAAUCCUAUUUUGUGAUUUUUCGCUCGACAAUCAACAGUGAUAAGCCGACACACUCGACACUAAUUCUUCGCCAGUAUUUACUUAAUAGUUUUAUUCUACUCAGUGAACAAACGCUUUCAAUAUCAUUAGAUUCUAAAUGUCUAAAAGGAUUUUGCCCAGAGAAAUCUUCAUAA